AUGGAUCCUAAUUCUUAUAACAACGCGUCUAAGUUUGUUGAUCUGCUUACUAGUCAACAAAGUGUGUUCGGUUUUCCUCAAGAUAGUGUCCAACUAUCUUCUUCUCAAGUCCCUUAUUUUGGAACUCAAGCUCACGAAGCUUCAAACUUUGCUGAAGAGGGUUCUGCAGAGCGUAGAGAAUGGAAGCAGUGGACGCCAAUCGAUGAUCUUGUACUCAUCAGCGCAUGGUUGAAUACAAGUAAGGAUGCUGUUGUAGGCAAUGAGCAGAGGUGUGGUACUUUCUGGAAGAGGGUUGAAGCAUACGUUGCCGCAUCUCCUAAGUUUAUUGAACACAGAGAGGCAAGAAGCUCUAAACGGAGGAAGUGUGAUGAUGGCGCUCAAUCAUCAACCUCACACACACAUGAAACGACCAAUGGUGAAGAAGAUCAAGGCGCCAGUCGUCCGCCAGGUGUGAAGGCAGCUAAGGCCCAGCGUAACAAGAAGGAUUUGGCAGCGGAGAAGAAGAAGGAUUUGCCAGAUGGAAAGGUGGUGGCUGCGUUUGAAAAUAUGUGGAGCAUCAAGAAGGAAGACUUGGCUUUGAAAGAGAAACUGUCAAAGAUGAAGAUGCUUGAGUGUCUGCUUGCAAAAUCAGAACCUUUAGCUGACUAUGAAGAAGCUCUGAAGAAGAAGCUUAUCACUGACCUGUUGCCUUAA